CAUUAAUUGGUCAUGCACUAUGGACUCUAAUAAUUUUUCAAUGUCUGGUAACACAUUUACUGGUCUCAUAUCGCUGCAUCUUUUAGAAUUUUUUAUUUUGGGAACUGGUGUUAUUGUAGAGCAUUUCAAAUUUUCAGGGAAAGAACUGCUUCUCAGUGAACAAUUGAUCCAAUUUAAUACAGGAUAUCCCAAAAUUUCGAAACAGUUUUUCAGCACGUUUUUAGUAGUCAUUUCGGCACAGUUGUUAUUUGAUUUUAAACUGUUUACUUUUUUCUUAGAUAAUUCAAUGAUACGCUGUGAAAGUUUGAAAGUGUAUGCAACAUUUCCCCCUGGAAACUGA